AGAUAAAUAGACCACUCGUAACUAUCAGCAUAAGUGCGACUAGAAAAUAAAAUUAAAAAUAAAAGUAUAUAUAAAUUCUACGCGCAAGGCAUAUUCACGUUAAGCAUACUGAUCGCCCUUCCCACGAAGAGUUGUCAGUGCCAAAUAGAUAAUCUUCCCAAUAGAGAAGUAUCCCCAGAGAAAAUCCCAUUUGGGAAAUAAGUGCAUAUCGAGAAGACCUAAUGUAACGUAGUUCCGAGAUAUUCUUGUGAGGUUCGCGGCCCCUAGGACCCUUUGUAAAAUCUAGAUGUGAGUGUCCGCUGUUCUAUCCUCUGUGAAAAAAUACCGUGUAUUUUUUUAUUGAUUUUCAAUGAGGAACAAUUUGAUAAGACUGACACCUAUGGACUACGUUGUUUCUCAACAAUUCGAUCGGUAUUGAACAAAGCUAAAUGAAGCAAUUCUAAAAGUCCGGGAGGAGUGACACAUCAAAAGUUCUUUCAUAUUAGUUUCUUCUUCGUUGUUAUCUUGUAUUUCUUUUUCCAAAGAAUUGAACGUUAGAGCAGUCGUCGAGCUUAUUCAAUUUCUCCCGAGAAUUCAACAAGUAUAGCUAGCUUGAUAAGGAGAAUUUUUAUUAUCCACUGCCGUUGAAAAGGAAAUGAGUAACAUGAGGGUCAAAGAUAUCAGACCAGCUCCUGCUGAGAUCGAGUAUAAAAAUAUGAAGUUCCUAAUUACUGAUCGUCCCAACGAUCAAACAAUCCACACAUUCAUCCAAGAAUUGAAAAAGCACAAUGUUAAGGAAGUAGUUAGAGUGUGUGAACCCACUUACAAAGUUGAGGAACUCAAAUCAGAGGGUAUCAAUGUGAUAGAUUUAGUUUUCGACGAUGGAACGUUUCCACCAAACGAGGUCGUUGACGAUUGGUUCGAGCUACUUAAAAAUCGCUUCCGGGAAACGCCGGAUAGUUGUGUUGCAGUGCAUUGCGUCGCCGGACUUGGUAGAGCACCUGUCCUCGUCGCACUAGCCCUCAUCGAACUUGGUCUUAAGUACGAAGAUGCGGUCGCUUUAAUCAGAGAGAAGAGACGAGGCGCUAUAAAUGCCAAACAGCUGGCCUAUUUGGAGAAAUAUCGUCCCAAGUCUCGACUCAAAUUGAAAAAUGGGCAGAAGAACUCGUGUUGCGUUCAAUAAGCGAUGCUUACAUCAUUCGCCAAUUAUAAUUGAAUACCAACUUGGUAUACAACUAAUUACUUACCUUUAUUUACACAACUGACGACAGCGAUAUACUGUAAAAUGUAUAAUUCGGAAAAACUGAUAAUCGACGAAUCUGUCAACGGAAAUGCAAACUCUUUUACAGUAACUAAUGCGUACAGCAUUAAUCGGUCAAUUCUUAUGAAAUUAAACGCAUCUUUCAAUUAUAAAUUAUUGUAUCGUCUGUUUGUGGUUUG